AUGGGAUGUAAGCCCAGGGAUAUAGUGAUCAGCGGAAUGUCGGGGCGAUUCCCGAUGUCUGACACUAUCGACGAAUUCGCCAGAAAUCUAUACGAAGGCCGCGAUUUGGUUACCGAUGACCACAACCGGUGGCCAAAAGAUCUAUUUGGUGUGAACUCACGGAUGGGUGCGAUCGAGAGCUGCGACCGCUUCGACGCCGCGUUCUUCGGCCAAUUGGGCGCCGAUCUGAUGGACCCACAGAUCCGUAUGCUAUUGGAAGUGGUCUACGAGGCCAUCGUCGACGCCGUAAUGCUAUUAGUUAUACAGUUUGAAAGUCUACAGCCGCAACAAUUGCGCGGCACCAACACCGGCGUAUACUUUGGCGGCACAAAUGGGAACUCCGGUCUGCCCGAUGACGCCUAUCCCGAUUUGACUAACUCUGUCAAUGCGACUCUGAACAAAGUGCUCGGCCAUAAGAAUUUCAUGUUCGCUAAUAGGAUAUCAUUUGUGUAUGAUUUUCACGGGCCGUCCAUCUCAUGUGACACCGCCUGCUCCAGCAGUUUGUCGACGUUAGCGCUCGCCUACAACGACAUGCUUUUGGGUCACGUGGACAACGCUAUAGUAUGCGCGUCAAAUGUAUGGCUAGAACCCAUAAUAUACCAGUGCCAACAAGUGCAGGGCGUUUGUUCGCCACGGGGUGUGUCCGCGCCGUUUGACUCCGGAGCCGACGGUUACGUCAAGUCGGACGCCGUGUGCGCUGUGCUGUUGCAGCGCCGGCCGGACGCCCGGCGUGUGUACGGCACUGUGCGAGCGGUGCGAUUGAACGUUGAUGGGGCCAAAAAAGAUGGCAUGUAUCAGCCCUCCAGUGACGCACAGGAGUCACUGAUGCGCCGGACGUACGCCGACGCCGGCAUCGAUCCCAGCGAACUGUCAUUAGUGGAGUUACACAGCGCCGGCACUCAGGUUAGGGCCGAUACAACUAAUGCCGGUGAUUUUAGAGAAGUGAACGCCGUUUACAACGCGUAUUGCAAACCGACGGCCCGUACGGAGCAGUUACCUAUUCGGUCAUUGAAGAGUAAUAUGGGUCACGCGGAGGGCGCCUCCGGUUUGGCCGCACUUAUCAAAGUACUCAUUGCCUAUGAAAACGAAUGCAUUCCACCCAAUAUUAAUCUAGGCACUUUGCACGCCGAAAUUGCGCCACUUGUUCCGCCACUUUUGCCUGUAGUGAAGUCUCAUUAUUAUAAACCAGGUUUGGCAGCGGUGAACAGUUUCGGUGUCGGCGGUGCGAACGCACACGUAUUGCUCGAACCCAACUAUAAGUUGGCCACAAGUAAUGGUCACCAGAAUGUGGCCGAUAUUAUGCCCAGAAUUGUCAACAUUUGCGGCAGAAGUGAAGAGUCCAUGAUAGUUUUGACUGACAAAACACGUCGACCUCUAUGGGUACUGUUCCCGGGAUUGGGUGGCCAGUGGUCGGCAAUGGCUAAGGCUUUGAUGCCAAUCAAGACAUUCGCCGACACUAUAGAAGAAUGUCAUCAAAUAUUGGACAAAGAGUUUGGCAUUGAUUUGAAACACAUAUUACUAUCGGAGGACAAGACAGCCAUCUCUACGAUGACCGCCAAAUUUGUGGCCACAACUGCUAUAGAGAUCGCGUUGUUUGCGGUCAUCAAAGACCUGGACAUCACUCCCGACGGCAUAAUUGGGCACUCAUUUGGUGAGAUUGCCUGCGCUUUUGCCGACGGAUGCCUUGACGUGAGGGGUGCCAUGUUUUAUACGGCCCUUCGCGCCAUAAAUAGUGUGCAAAACGCAGAUAUACCCAAAGGCUUAAUGGUAGUCGUUGGUUUGUCCAGAACCCAGGCGUUGCAAUACUGUCCAAACGGUGUAUAUAUUGCCUGUAAUAAUGGGAAGGAAAAUGUAGUCAUUACUGGUCCAAUGAAACAUAUGCUGGAAAUUAUAAAACAAUUGAAAGCAAAGGGUGUAUUCGUGCGGCCAUUAGAUUGCGAUGAAAUCCCAUACCAUUCGCCAUAUAUUAGCGAAUCGGCGAAAGCUAUGAAAGAAGCCAUCAAUACAUACGCACCCAAUCAUAAGCUCAGAUCAGGGAAAUGGUUGUCUACUUCGGUGUUCAGAUCGGAGCCCGAAGACAAACGGCUUGAAUAUCUAAACGGAGAUUAUUUUGAGUACAAUAUGGUAAAUGAGGUCCGCUUUCACGACCAGUUUCAGACACUGCCCGCCGACGCCAUUGUGCUCGAGUUGGGCCCGCAUUCAGUGUUCAAACAGAUAGUGUCCGAAACACUACCGAAGUCUACGUAUAUAUCGCUCAUUAAAAAGGACUCAAACGCCACAAAUAUGGAUAUGUUUUUGUCCGGUUUGGCACAACUUUACGAACUGGGCUUUAAUCUGGCCAUCGAUCGGCUUUACCCUCCGGUCGAGUGGCCGGUGGCCAGGAAUACACCGUCCAUAUCAUCGCUAAUCAAAUGGGAUCACAGCAAACAAUAUUACGUUAACAACUAUCAUGAUACCUAUUGCAAAGCCAACGCGUCAGACACAUUAUUUACAAUCAGUCACAAACUAAACGAGGAUAAAUUUUAUAUGGAUCACGUGGUACAGGGCAAAGCCAUAGUACCGGCAACUGGGCAUCUAAUGAUGGCGUGGCGUAAAGCGGCCGCCAGUGUUGGCAAACUGUGGUCAGAGUGUCCCGUAGUAUUUGAAAAGGUGCACUUUAAGCGGGCCGUAUUAUUAUCAGAUAACGCGGACACGUGCCUCCGUAUUAGAUACAAUGUACUAACCGGCGAUUUAUCAAUACGAGAAAAUGAUGAUUUAUGCGUCACGUGUCGCGUGCGUCCGGUGCCGUCCGGUACCGACGACUACGGCACCGACGGGUCCGUACUUAGCGCUCAGGACUCGAUCAGCGACUGGCGUCCACUCGUCGAUGGCAGGCGUCACACCAUUCAACGCAGCGAUAUAUACGCGUCGGUACACGCGAUAGGCAUAGAGCACAAGUCGGCCUUUCAGCGCCUGGACUCGAUCAGUACCGACGACUUUUGCACUUUUUACGGCCGGUGCGAGUGGACCGGCAAUCCUGUCACUUAUUUGGAUGGCCUGAUGCUGGCCACCGGACUUCACUGGCCGGUUAGGGCGGCAACGGUGCCCGUGAUUAUAAACCGUCUGCGCGUCGACCCCCGCAUUCUGUUGGCCGCCGUACGAGCCGAACGAUCUGACGGCCAAUCAGCCGUCACUACCGAUGGUAAUCAUGCUCAACACGUCGAGUGUUUUAUGAAUCUUUCCGAUCAUGAUAAUAACUCGGUCACGCGUUUCAACGAGAAGUUUGCCAAGUUCUCGGCGCACCUGCCGUUCCGAUACGACGCCGACACCGGCUUUUUGGUGACGCCGGGCAUCGAAAUAGAGAGGACUUCCGGCCAGAUAUUGGGCACCCGUUUUGAUACAAACCUAACGCUCGACUCGUAUGACUUUUGUGCCAACAAUGAUAUGACGGCCAUCGAUGUGUCGGCGCGCGCAGAGAUGUUGCACUAUAUUGAGGUGUGUAAAGCAAUGGCAGUGAAAAUACGCCAAUUGGGUGUCAAUGAAUUGAAAUGCGAUUUUAAUUACAAAUAUAUCGACGAAAAUGCAAUACAAGAGUAUAAAAAUGCGAACAAUAAAAAUCAUUUUUCUGAUAAAUACGGCGAUCGACUUAAGGGUUGGGAUCCGAGUACCGGUGCCUUAUGUCUAACGCCAUCGCAUUUGGUUAUAAUGAGAGACUCACAAGACUUAUGGCCAUUGGAUUUGAAUGCGUUUAUUCAAGACUUGUAUGACUCCAUAGAAAACAAUGGAUUCUUAUUAACGGCAUUUCGUUAUAAGUUUACGGAACCGGAGAUUAUAAUUUCGGUGAAUAAACCAAAUAAUGAUUGCAAUAACGUGUGGCUUAUGGGAAACGAGGGCACAAUCAAUGGACAAUCGGAUGAUAUGUUGAAUUUGCAACUUUUUGACGCCCGAAAAGUACCGCAAAUUGAUUACCAUUUUAAUAACAAGAUGGAUUUUACAAUGGUCAAUGUUUAUUUCUCGGGCCUAUCGUUUAUUGACGUCAUGAUGGUAACAGAUCGUAUACCUACUGGUAUGAAUACAUUGUUUACCGAUUGCUUGUUGGGCAGCGAAUAUGUGGGCCGUCGGGCGGACACCGGCGAGCGCGUGAUGGGUAUGGCUUUGAACCGAUGUCUGGCCACAAGUGUUUACGCGCCCAUCACUCACAUGACUCCCAUUCCCGACCACUGGUCUAUGGCUGAGGCGGCGACUAUAAUGAGCGCGUAUUGCACUGUAUAUUACGCGCUCAUUAAACGGGCUAACCUAUCAAAAGGCGAGAGUGUGCUGAUUCACUCCGGCGCGGGUGGUGUGGGUCAGGCGGCCAUAAAUGUGUGCCAACACUACGGGUGCGAUAUCUACGUAACGGUCGGGACGGCUGAGAAGCGCCAAUAUCUGCGCCAAAAGUAUAACAUUCCCGACGAACGCAUAUUCAGCUCAAGAGACACGCGAUUUUUGGGCGCCGUUAUGAAGAGCACCGGCGGUCGGGGCGUCGAUAUUGUGCUCAAUUCGCUGACCGGACAAAAGUCGGACAUGAGUUACGAUUGUGUCGCCGACUCCGGCCGAUUCAUCGAGCUCGGCAAAUACGACCUGGUUCAAAACAGGCCGUUGGAUCGGUUUGAGUUUUUGCGCGACAUUCAAUACAUUGGCGUCUCGUUGGACAUUGUGUUGAGAAGCGCGACGUUUUUGCCCGACUAUUAUGCGUGGGUUAGCGAAAACUCGGUUCCAGAUAUGGGCGUCAACGGUAACAACCGGUGUUGCGUCCGACCGUUGAAUUACACGUCAUUCCCGGCCGCCAAAGCGACCGAAGCGUUCGGGUAUAUGACUACCGGUCAACACAUCGGUAAAGUGAUCGUACAAUUCAGAGACGAAGAGUCGGAUAAGCGGCCAUUGGUUCGCAUCAAACCCGCGCCGACGCUAUUAGUUUCUGUCAAAACAUAUUUCAACCCCAAAAAGACGUAUAUAAUUACCGGCGGUUUGGGAGGAAUUGGUCUGGAAUUGUUGCCGUGGAUGCACUACAGGGGCGCCCGAAAGUUUGUCAUCACUUCCCGGCGCGGACUCACCACUGAUUAUCAAAAGUUUUUCAUCAAUCGUAUGUUUGAAUUUUAUUCAAAUACUCGGUAUUUUGAGUCGAAAAUAAUUAUAUCGACGGCCAAUGGGUUGACAAUUGAGGGCACAAAACAGCUGCUCCGGGAAGCCCAGGAGUUGGGACCCAUUGGAGGGGUAUUUCAUUUGGCGCUCGUAUUGAACGAGAAUUUGUUUGAAAAUAUGCCGAUAGAGAAAUUCGCCGAAACGGUCGACACAAAGCAACGGGUGUUUGAAAAUCUGGAUCAACUCACCCGUGGGUUAGACUAUAAAGUGGACUAUUUUGUGGUGUUUUCGUCGCAAUCGUGUGGCAACGGGUUUACGGGUGUCUCAAACUACGCGUACGGCAACUCUGUGUGCGAGCGGCUGUGCGAACGCCGGCGUAGGGAUGGUGUGCAUGGGUUGGCCGUACAGUACGGAAUGAUCGGCGAUGUGGGCGCGUUUGAAGGCCAUGACGGUUACGAAUUGCAUACACUGUCUCGUAGACAACGUAUUAUAUCGGCGUGCGAUGUGUUGGACCGACUUUUAGCUCUUCCAAAUGCUAUCGUCACUUCGCAGUUAUUUGAUAAGCAAAUGUCAUCGCAAACCAACGAUAAAACUGGAAAUCGAUUGAUGGGUGAGUUGUGGUCAGUGAUGGGCGUCGACCCAAACACAACGCCCGAUGUAAUCACUCUGGGCGAGAUAGGGCUCGAGUCGCUGUUCGCCAUACAAUUGCAAAACGAGUUCAGAGACCGACUUGACAUGAAUGUGCCGCUCGCGCACAUCAAAGGCCUGACAGUAGGCAUGUGCCGGGCGUACGGCGAGGGCGACCCGGAGCCCGUGCGCCAGUACUUGAUCGGGCGUAAGAGCGCCCACUCGUCAGUACAGCGCCACCUGUUUGUAAUACCAGCUGAGAAAUAUGUGCGCCUAAAUGGGGCGCCCGGUGGCGGCGACGGCCGGAAUCCAGUAUUUUUUAUGCCCACACUUAACAUGAGCUUCGCUUUAAUGGACGACUUGUGCCGGCGUCUGGAUCGGCCGGCGUACGGCCUGAACUGGACCCGCGAGUGCAGUCAAUUGGCCACCGUUGCGGAGGUGGCCGACUAUUACCGGAAACUAAUUGGCGAGAUAAUGGGCGCGCAGUCGGGCAGCUGCGGACGUUACGAUUUAGUCGGCUAUUUUGACAUAACGCCCGCUUGCGUUGAAAUUAUGAUGAGUGCCGGGCAUGUGGCCGGUGCGCCGACCGCCGACCGAGUGGUAAUCGUAGAGCCCGACGGGCUUUUAAAUUUUGGCGAACAAAUUAUGGACGACUUUGUCAUAGAGUGUAUGCUGAGUCAGUUGGCGACCGACGCGCCCAUUGCGGUGAUGAACGCCAUUUUAGGCCGCGUGCGCGCCGAACCCGACUUAAAGGCUAAGAUUGUUAUAGUAAUGGCGCACAUGCAUGAGCUCACCCAUGAGCGUGUGGUGGCGCCCGAUAUGGCUCAUGUGUUUGGCGUGAUGUUGGCCCGGAUUCGCAUGUUUUUUGAGCAUAGAGUCCACAAACGGCGACCCAUAUCGCAAACAUUGAGCGCAUCGGUGGCCGAGAAAUGGGCACAAAUUAGCGGCAAAUUGAUAAUUAUUAAGCAAUCAGUUGUGGGCGCGCCGGCCAAUUACCAGGACGCUAUACAACUAGCUUUGGGCACAAACGCACCGGAAUAUAAACAAGCUGCAACGGGAACAAUUUGCGUAGAAAAUAUUGAACAACCAUCGCCUCUAACCACAAUUACUAACGCUAUUCUCGAUAAGGUCUACCAGGCACUUAAAUAA